CGCGUCGUGUGAUUAAGCACGGCUUCAGUAAAGUUUCCGAGUACUUGAACGCUCGCAAUACAAGUAUACAGAACAAAGCGCAGUGCAAUAUCGACGAAUCAUCUUCUUGUUCUUUAACAAGAGUACAUACGCGCUCGCGGUUUUCUUUUAUCGCAAAUUUUUCCGAUUUCCGCACGCGGAUAGUCGAGAGUGUACAUAGUGAGACAUUAUUAACACGUGUAUAUCUUGGUACGGAUCCAUCAUGGCUUUUGGAAGCUUACGAGACAUAAAAGACGACAGCAUGAGGCUAUGCUCGAGGAAGGACGAGGCUGACUCGCUGCAGCCCAGAAAUGGAGUUGCAAAAAGCCUGCCAGUCAGUAACAGUUUAGAAAAAAUUGGACCCUACCAGAUAAUUAUGUUUCUUAUUAUAAGUAUGCCAUUAUCUUUAGCAGCAGGGUUCACGUUGUCUUACGUAUUUACGGCAGGCGAAAUUAAAUACAGAUGUUUAGUGCCAGAAUGUGAACAUCCGGAAAACACGACGUUUGAUCCACUAUGGAUCAACGCUUCCGCUCCAAAAAUGGACGGGACCAUUUCGAGUUGCAAACGAUACGUGGUGCGAGACGAUCAUUCGGACACAUGUUCAAUAGAGUCGUUCACAAACUGGACCCGCGACUGCGAUUCUUGGAUUUACGAUCCGGAUGAAUGUACAAUACUCAACGAGUGGAACUUAACUUGCGAAGAAAAUCGCUGGAAACUCACAUUGGUAGGUACGAUACAGAACAUCGGUCAGUUCUUUGGCCUGAUAUUCGCCGGAUAUGUGUCUGACAGAUACGGAAGACGAACGUUUUUGACGCUAGCAACGUCUCUGGCGGGAGUCAGUGGCUUGAUACAUUCCUUCUCCGUGAAUUAUUGGAUGUUUCUCGCAUUCGAGUUCUUCGACGCUACCGCCGCCUCUGGAAUUUACAGCGCGGGAUUUAUUUUAGGAAUGGAAUUAGCGGUAGGAAAAAACAGAGUUUUUGGCAGUACUGUCGCUUGCUGUAUGUUUGCCUUCGGUGAAAUUUUGUUAGGAUUGAUUGCGAGCCAGUUGAGAUCUUGGCGAAUACUUCUUAGGGUGGUGUACGGGCCGGGAUUAUUGGCCGUUUUCUUACCCCUAAUAGUUCCAGAAUCGAUCAAAUGGCUAUUGUCAAAGGGCAAAGACGACGAAGUAGAGAAAAUAUAUCGCACGAUGGCCCGACUUAACCGUUUGCAAGUAACGGACGAAGCUAUUGAUAUGUUUAAGAAGAUAAACGUUGAAACUGAGACGAAAAGCGAGUUAGUGAUAUCGGAUAACAGGAAACCGAUCGUGCAAGUUCUUCAUAGCUCAGUGAUACUCAUUCGGUUGCUAAUUUGCUCGUUCUGCUGGCUUACAAACACUUUUGUUUAUUACGGAUUGUCACUGAACUCCGUGGCAUUCGCCGGGGAUAAGUACGCCAAUUUUAUGCUUGUCGCCGUGGUCGAGGUACCAGCGUACUUCCUCACUUGGCUGCUGACUGAUCAUAUCGGUCGUAAAACAACUCUUUCUGGCGCGUUCAUACUGAGCGGAGCUUUCUGUCUCGCAACCGAGUUCAUACCAGCAGGAGCUUGGAGUUACGGGCCUUUACUUUUAUAUAUGGGCGGAAAAUUGUGCAUCACGAUAGCAUUCGCCACCGUGUACAUCUACACGACGGAACUCUUUCCGACGACGCUCAGGCAUCGUCUGCUCGGGAUUUGCAGUAUGACUGGUCGUAUUGGAUCAAUCUUAUCACCACAAACGCCUCUUUUGGCGCAAAUAAUGCCUUCGCUGCCGCUCAUUCUGUUUGGAUCCAUGGGUGUGGCCGCGGGUGUUCUGUCUUUGAUUUUUCCGGAAACCUUGGGAACGAAGCUUCCGGAUACCGUGUGUGAGGCAGAAAACAUCGGUAAAAUGCCAGUCAAGCAGAAAACGCGAAAUUCAACGCAAAGAGUGGUUUAAUGCAAUUUGAUGUUUAACACACGCGCACUAUAAUCGCAGCGACUGAUUUUAUUCGUGGGGAGAAGCGUGUGGCUCGUAAUGUUCUUGCAGAUUUUAUCUGUCGGCAAUUUGAAUAAGCACGGCAUAUUCCUCGCCACACGCAAGUGUUUACAUUCCACAAACCGCCAUUGCUCCGCUGUCAUUUGUCUUACUCGCCGCGUUUAUCCGUACAGGAAAAGGAUUAUAAUAAUAUUUUUUCCGGUAAAGUGCACCACCUUUUUCCAUGAUAUUUCCAAGUUUUCUAAAAUCGUUUCGUUUGUCAUAUAUAUUAUGAAAAAACCACUCAAUAUAAUAAUUCUCAUUACAAAAUAAUAUUGGAAUAUUAUUUUGUUAUUAAAUUACUGCUUACGUAACGCACUUAAAACUUGGUUUACUUUAGUGCAAAUACAUGCAUUGAGAAUUUUCCCUUAUAUUUAUUAAGAUGUAAGUAUUGUAGCAACUAUUUGUGUGACUUUCUGCCCCGGUCUAUAUCCUCUAAUCUCUUGUUACAUACAACAUAUGCUAAAACUACUUGUAAGAAAACUGUAUCUAAUUACAUUUUCCUUUGUAAUCGCAUUCUCUUUCGUACUGCGUAUUCUUGAGGUAACAUUUAUAUAAUGUUUCCGCGUGUUAAUAUGCCGUUCUUAACAGCAAAUUCGUAUCACACGCUUUGCUCCGUCCAAUUAUCUCAUGAAGAUGUAGUUACCGUGUACGUAGGAUGAAUACGGUAAAGAUGGGUAGAAAGAGAAAUGCAAAUGUCACAUUCGUGUACGUUUCUCUCGUCGGAGCUUGUUUUACGUAGCGACGUGCGGACGAUUUGCUUGUACGUGGACUGUCGUCGCACACACGUCAAUGUGAAAAAGAAUGCGAUACCGUGUGUAUAUGUGUAUUAUAUAUAGCGUAGCUUGACCACUCAAUAUGUCGCACCGAUUGCACAAACAUUUAUAUCUAGUGUUCACGUUUAUUCUGUGACGUAGUAUAAAAUCCGACAUAAUCAUUCAUUAGCGAUAAUAUUAUUUAAUUGUAAUUAUUUAGAUAUGUACAUACCUAAUCCUGUUGCGAAUGUACGAAACAAUAUACAGACAAUCAAAUCUAUAGUUAACUCCUUCAAUAAUUGGCAUCUAUUGGUUUUUUUAGUUAACAGUUCUGUCUAUAAUUACUUGAUAUUGUAGUAAAUUAAUGUAGAGUUUUUAUGGCAAAAUUAUUUUAGAGAUUUUUACAGGUUUUUAAAGUGCCAAUCAUUGAGUGUUUUACUCUGUCUAAGUGCAAAGUAUUACAGGUAGUUGUAUGUGAAAUAUUCCAUGCAUUAAUUAAGCAUUGGUCUUUGGUAGUGUGAUCACACAAAAUCUUGGCGAACAAUAUUAAAAACUAAGUAAGACAAGUAUUAUAGAAUUAUUACAGAAAAUACAUAGAUAUUGCACUAUAUUUAACGUAAACAUGACAUUGUUUCAUAUACUACAAAAAAACAGUUCUGUUGAGAUUACCAAAGUUUGGUAAUCUCGACCAAAAUUUGGUUUCCAGAACACUUUAUUUGGUUUGAUUUACCAUAUUUUUGUUAUCUCAAAACUCUUUUUUAGUGUAUAAAAUUUAACAUUUUCAGAAUGUAUACUUCACAAGAAUUGUACAUGUAAAAACAUGCACUUACAAAAUGUAAAAACAUUUAAAUAUAUUACUGUUACGAAAGAGUG